AUGAUAUCGGACGUGACGGAUGGUGUCGGGUGUGGCAUUGGUGCACUUCUUGAGAGUUGGCGAUUGCUCUCACUCUACUUCGAGGAUGUGGAUCUUCGACUGAAGCGUCUGGUGCGAGUUGGUAAGAGCUCGCUGCUCACAUCUAUUGUGGCUUGCCUCAUUAUUACCAAGAACACGCUGCGUGAUUUGUUUUCAACUAUUGCUGUGAACCAAGUGAGCAACAACACGCCACUGAUACGCUUCACAAGACUACAAAACCAGCGCCUGGUUGUGCGCGGCUCUGUGCGGUUCGACUGGGACGACAGUUGCAAUCGAGUGGUACGACUGGAGACCAAGCUAUAA